AAAAUGGGAAGUAAACCAUCAGGAACCAAAUUUUGCAAACGCUUUGAUACAGAUGUUUCUCCCCGGCCAUGUUCACCUACUAUCUUACUGACCAAUGAAGAAGUUCUUAAGAAAUUUCGAGAAAAAGGGCACGACUGUCUGAAAGGAGAGACUCUUACCGAUGAAAACUUCUAUUUCCUCCAGAUGCUGAAAGCAUUUAAUCCUAAAGACCAAGAAGAAAGUAGAUCUUGAAUUCGAUUUAUUGACUUUAUAGGCUCGAUGAAAGAAUAUAUGAGCAAAUUUAAAGAUGAAUUUUAUCUUAACUAUUCUAGUCUCUUCAUUAUCUUAGUUAGCACUGUAAUUAACAAAUGAUUGGGGUGCUAUUAUAAUGUACUUCCAAAUGAUCCGGCCACUCUGAACAUAAUCAAAAGCUUCAUCAAGCUUCUUGAAAAUAAUUAUGUCGAUCAGCUAGGCAAUAAACUGUUCCCAGACCAAUAUUACCUUAAUAAGCGUAGCCAAGAUGAUGAUGUAUUUACAUUUUUAAUCAAAAGCAAAAACUGAAAGAUUGUUCUCGAGAUCAUCAAAAAGCAUCCUGAGAAAAUGAUAAAACUUUGUAAUUCUGAAUGUAAAUGGUCCCUCCUCCAUAUUUUUGCAAUGAAAGGUAUUAAAUUCAAUGAAGAUGAACAAAUGUGUGUAAAAUGGCUGAUCUUUAACACUGAUGAUCCAAAGCCGAACUGGAUGAAUAAAAACUUCCUUGAGACAGCUAUCACACAGGGUACAACCAAUUUUUCUUUCUUCUGUUUGUGAUAUAAGAAGAAGGCAAUGCUACCAUUGCUGGUGUACAUCAUGAAAAAGACUUCAAUAAGGGAUAACUUGCUUCCUAUCGUUCUGAAGAGCUAUGCAAGUCUUGAUGAAAAAGCACUUGACAUUACAUUACUGAAGGAUAUCAUGAAGCCAAACUUUUAUUCUAUGAUAGAAGAGAAUAAGAGCUUUUUCCAUAAAUAUUCUAUCUAACAGAAAGCUACAAGAUAAUUUUCAUUGAUUUGUUAAGAUUCUGGAUAAAAUCAAUC